AACGCGCUCAGUUGUUUCAUACUCAUAGCCCGCUUGACCCGACUUACCGUUACUUUAACAUCCAAAACAAAUGCAACUCGCGUUGCGUUCGGGCUAGCGAGCCAACGUGCAUGCGAUCGCGGGAUUUUUUUUGACAUUUUUUCGCAUGUUUACGAUUUUUUUCCGGUCGUCUGUGACCUAUGACACCGAAUAAUCAGUGCUAGAAACAGUUUUGUGCAGUUUUUGCAUUUGACAGUUAGUAGUAGAUAGUAGUUAGUAAAACUUUUGGAUUAUUUUUGUUUAGUGGACAUAGUUCGGAAGAGCACUAUUGUGGAUAUUUUGUGAUUUCUGUGGUGUGAUUUUUGUGUGCUUCCCAUUGGAUUAUUUUUUGGAUUUAUUGUGAACAAAUGUUCCUGGAAUGGAACUGGGAUUUAAAGAAAAUCGAGGUUCAUGUUUUGGAAAAGGUUUAAAAUCUAUCGGGACAUUUCGAGAUCUCUUUUGAUACACCUUCGAAAAACCACAAAAUUUGGAUAGCCAAGUGCUAGAAUUUUCAAAGAUACUGGGGAAGCCGGCUAGCAACGUGGAGGGGGCGCACGCCCUGGUGGGCCACCAGUCGCCCAUGUCGUUGGCGAUGCCCUUUAUCGACAACGAUUUACUAUGGAGUUCCGAUCAUGAUGGAAAAAUGGUCGACAUUUCUUCUUGUCUUCAGGAUGCCUCAGUGGCCAUUGGCCAACAGAACGCUGCUACAGGAGCUAACGGUUUGGGAGAACUAUCCCAAUCUGAUCUCAGCUCUCUUGUCGUACCUGUUAUGCACGAUCCAAACAUGGCCGAUGAGGAUAUUUUUAAGCACUUAUCUGACACCACUGCCAUUGAAAUAGAAAGCAUUUUAAGGGAUAUUAGUCAAACGACUUAUAUUAAGCAAGAAGAACCCAACUCGCCUCACGACGAAUCCGAUGCUCAUUCGCCUUCCGACCAAAAGAGCGCGCAAGUGUUAUUAGAAAUGCGUAAAUAUACAAUCGCCGCGGCAAAUCCUAUACUGGCCGAGAAGUUAGCGACACCUACCGAACAAAGUCUCACUCAACUUUGUACUAGUCCAAGUAGCAGAUCACAGCUGGCGCCACUGACACCGAAAUUAGAGAAAGUUGAUAAGGAACAGAACAACUAUAAUCAACUCCACCAACUACUGUCACGACAAAGGACCGACUUGCAACAUCCUAGCUUAUGUGAAUAUGGAAGACGAAAAUCUGUUUACCCAACAACAACUGGUUCUCUCCCACCUAGUCCCGCAGACUCCGGAGUAUCGGACGUCGACAGUUCAUCUUCAGGGCACACUUCAACUGACGAGCUGAAAGCCAGACUGCAACCUUCCAUACACUCACCAGUAGGCACUCUCUUUCCAAGACAUCCCUUCUCGUGGAACAACACACACCAUGGACAGAGGCCGCCCAAUCACAUGUCACAACAGUUUUACCAACCUUUUGCAACAAAUUUGGACCCUUACAACAGCUACCUUCUACAGCAACACCAAGUCCAGCAGAGUCACCAUAUGCACCACCACACUCAGUCCCCCUUCACCACUCCCUCCCCGCCCUCUCCCCCCAUCAGGCACUCAAUACCAACCUCCGUAAUCCAGGCAGCUACCAGUAGUAUGUACGACGACCCUUAUAUGCUAGGAUUUUCCCCAAGAAAGCUAAAAAAAGUAAAGAAACAAAAAUUGGGUGAAACCGGAACGGUGAAGAGGAAGUCAAGGGAAGGAUCUACAACGUACCUUUGGGAGUUCUUACUCAAGUUAUUACAAGAUAGAGAAUACUGCCCUAGGUAUAUAAAAUGGACGAAUAGGGAAAAGGGCGUCUUCAAGUUAGUCGAUUCCAAAGCUGUUUCAAGGUUGUGGGGUAUGCACAAGAACAAACCUGAUAUGAAUUACGAAACCAUGGGUAGAGCCUUAAGAUAUUAUUACCAGAGGGGCAUUUUAGCUAAAGUAGAUGGUCAGAGGCUAGUUUACCAAUUUGUAGAGGUACCUAAGGAUAUAGUCGAAAUAGACUGCACAGGUGCAGCGUAAUCUGUUUUUUCUUCCUCAAAGAGUAAAACUCAACAUCAGCCGGUGGUGAAAGCCGGUUGUGUCUCGAAAAAGUACAACAAAUCACAAAUUAUUUAUUUAGAAAUAUUCAAUUUCUAGAUUGUAUAUAUUAGCUAUGACUCAAAAGAUAGUAACAACGAAUUUUUGCAGUUUGUAGCAUUCUUAAAGAUCUCAUAAAGAAGUCAUUUUGUGGUAAAAGCAAAGACAAACUAGCGAUCCGAAGAGAGAGAGAGAGCCGUAAUCUUGCUAUUUGAUUUUUACAGUUGACUUUCCAACAGUAAAAGUACAAAGAGGUGCCACUAUUAGUUACCGUGUAACUGCGAGUAAAGCACAUAAGUAUAGUAGAAACGGAAUUCGGUCAGAAUGCGUAAAAAAGUGGCGGUAUCAAUGUUUGGUAUAAAUCUACAAGAAAUUCGAAUAGCUGCUGUAACGACAAGCACUUGCCAGUAUUUUAACAUCCCAUUAAUCAUUGUAAAUUAGUCAUUUUAGAACUUGCAGCAAAAACUUGCAUACUAGUACAGUUAAAAUAAUUAGACGAUAAACAUUAAGCAAGAGAAAUUAAACUUUUUUUUACUUCUAAGGACAAAAACAUUAUUUGGUUAAAACAUCUCGUUUUUGUUGGUAAUAUAUUAAUUUUUCUGGACUAAAUUACGGUUCUGUUGAUAACAAUGUUGCCAGACUGAAUUUUGUUAUGUUCGGUUUAAAUUUUCUAGCCGAUUUCUGAGUCUACUAUACGCUUUGUUCGGGUUUCUUGAGUCUGAGACAUUAUGUCUGCGUUUCCAUUGAGGUUUAUUGGGAAUAACUUAAGAACUGUUUUGGGAUUAUCCGUUUCUGUAGGUACUUUAUACAUUUAUUUUUUGGUUACUAAACUCUAAAACAAUAUUACAAACAUUUGUGAAGAAGAAAAGAAAAAUAGUAUUUAGGCUAUAGUUAAGUAGGAAGGUAUAUUAUUGUAGUAUGUUGUAAUUUUAUUAUGUUCGGGUUUUAAGAUAAUAUUUAUAAUUGCGAUAACCCUAGAACAGUUCCAAAAUUAUAUGAAUGAUCCAUUUAAAAAAUACCAUUAAAGGAAACCCAAAUAAAGCUAUUAUAUUAUGUUGGUCAUUAAGUCCUUGAUCUGAUUAGGUAGUAGAUACCUACAACAUGUUUGGCAAAAAUUAUUCUUCAUUCAUCAAAAUAAUCUCUUUUAGCGACGAUACAAAUCAUUAAAACAGUUUCCUAAUGUUUCGAUGCCACCAUUGUAAAACGAUUUAUCUUUUCCUUAAAAAUAGGCUUCAGUUUCGCGAUUAAUUACUUUCAGUUUCGCUACCACGUAGCAUUUUUUUAGAUCCGAAAAAAGGUGGCAAUCGCUAGGAGUCAGAUCUGGACUACAGGGAGGGUGCGGAAGCAAUUUAAAGCUCAAUUCGUGCAUUUUUACCAUUUUUUCAUCGACUGUGUGUACAAACGACCAUAUUUUCGUUUGAAGGUUAGGACUACCGAAAUGUCAUAAUAAUAUGGAAAAUUCAUUAGAGUCGCAAUCUCAUGGUUAGGUACGGGACUUAUUGACCGACGUAAUACAUCUUUAAAAAUACCUCAUUUUUGUUCAUUUUUUUGAAAAAUGAAUAAGCACUGCCAAAAUGGCAACAAAAGAUUAUGGUUCCGCUCAAAUAUGGAUAUUUAGAUAUUGAUGUAAAUUUAGAUAAAAAUCGACUAAUAAAUCUGUAUCCUUAGGUGACCUGAAAGAUGGAAAGGUUGUGAUUUGAAAAAGAACAUUGUAAACAUGUUGUAGAAUUAAAAAAAUGUACCGUACACCACUAUUUCAUACAGUUACAAUAAAUUUAAGCAUUUAUCCGAACGUUUGGACCAAUUUAAGACAAUUUCUGGCAUUUGAACAGCACAUUGUUAAUCAGUUAUACCUCUAUGUUUGUUGUCCCAAUAAGUGUCCUGUGGUUUGCCAUAUUACAAGUUCUUCCUGUUUUAUUUGAUUUAGACACAGUUUAAUGCUACAGAAUCGGUUAAUUCACCCUCGAAUUUUGACGGUUCCAAUUUUGCAAUCCACUCCUGAGACAAAAUUUUGAAUGCGACCGAUAACGACCAAUCACGGCAACCGUAAGCUGCCGUUAGCUGUCAUUCAUCUGUGCGAAGGACCAAAAUUUAUGGAACAAAAAACAAAGGAUUUUCGCGGAGUGACCUUACUGAUUCUUUAGCAUUGCACUGUGGUUUAGAUAAGCAAGCAACAAAUGUUCAAAAGUAACCUGCAUUUAAAGUGCUUUUCACAGAACAGUUGUACAAAGAAAUAAUCUGUUGGUUAGCCGUUGAAGAUUGUUUAAGAUGGUUGAUCUGUAAAUACAAAGUUUAUAAGAACUUUUAACAAAUAAAAUGUAUCACUGUUGAUUUUGUAUAGUAUGGAAUAGUGACAAUUUUGUUAUAUAAGAUUUUUUAUAAAAGUAUAUACCUAAAAUGUUAAGUAAAAAUAUCAAUUAUAAUAGUAAUAAUAUUAAAGUUAGUCGGAUUUGUGAGAUUUGUGAUAAGAGUAGGUUUUUGGGGGAAGUCUUUUUCCAAAUUUUUGUUACCCACGAUGGAGAUACCUAUAUUUUAAUGCCAUUCGCAGGAAUGAUAUUAAAUUUAUGCGUCUUCCAUCGUAUAUAUUUUAAUUAUAAAGGAAGGUGCUUUAAAAUGGAUUAGAAAAGACUGCGAGGUGCCUAGUGAUUGACAGAAAAACAAAUGAAUGUCAAUGUGUAGCUCUCUUUUUGUUUUUCUUUGAUUGAAGAGUGGCAAAUCUUUUGGCUUUGAUCUCAGUUUGUACACAAUAAAUCAUGGUCGAUUUUUGAAUAGAGAAAAGUGAUAUAGAUCAAAAGGAAUACAAGAUGGGUCACUACUGUUGUAUUUUUUUAUCAAAUAAAUUCAAAGUAUCAUUGAUUACAAUAUAUUUGAUACAAAAGAAGAAAAUAUAUAAAUAAUUGUUAAUAGUUCAAUAUACUCGAUAUUAGUGGCUCUUUUUGUAGAUAGGUAAUUUUAUAAAUUAUAAAGAGAACAAAAAAAAUUGUAAAUAGAAAUAUGUUGAUUCGUACUUAUGUUAAAUUCAAUUUUGGGUCAUUUAACUUUUUGAAAAAUAAAGUAAGUUAGUAAGUGUACAUUCUGUAUAGUAUUUAUUUAAUAAUUUCGAAAUAUCACAUAUAAUUUUUGUAAAUUGUUUGUAACUUUCUGUGAUUUUUAUAAUUUUAGUUGUUUUUUUUUCUAAAUUUGUUGUUAAACGUAUGUACCUAAAUGAUAAUGUGUCUUGAAAUCUACAGCUCAGUGCAAAUCAGGACGAGAUAUAUGAAAUAAUUAUUAAACAUGUAGAAUUAGCUCUAAAAUAUUAAAACCUAACCCAGGAUUUGUCUCAGCGGAAAUUUGUACUAUACUAUUAAGAUAAUUGAAAUGUGUAGAAAAACAGUUGUAUGUGUUAAUGUGUAAAAAUAUGCACAACAAACGUAGUGUGCGCUUUCAAAUCUGACAAGCAAUUUGGUAAAAUCCUUAGACGAUACGAAAAAAGUCUACCUCCUUACUCUAGGACUUAAAGAGUGUUGAAUUCUCUUCGAUAAUUGCAUUGCCAGUUGACAGAUGUCAGUAUAAGACAUAUAUUGAUCAUAGAGGUAUAUAUUGACAUAGAGGGAGCCUACCUUCCGCGCUUCCUGACGACAAGAUCUCAGGGGACUGGUUUGCUGCAUCUCCUUCUAACACAUUGUAUCGAGAAUUUAUAAUGACAUUCAGUGUGAAUAUAGGCACGGAAGAGGAGGACAACUGUAUACUACAUUCGCUCUCGCGAGAUUUUUUUUGAGACAUUCGGAAUAGGAAACGUACAACACAAAAAUUCCUACCUCACACUAUUAACUGCUAAAAUCAACUCAAAUCAACUUAAUCUUUCAUUAAAAAAAGAAGAAUUAUUAGAAAUAGUGGGAGUGUCUACUAAUCUCAUAAAAUUUUGUGAAGUUUAUUUCUACAAAAUAUUUUUAUUUUGUACAAUAAAUAAUUUUCUCAUUGCUAUCAAUACAUUAUAAUGGUUUAGAUAAAUAAAUAUUGAUUGGCGUAAGGUUUAUGUUAUUUUUAUGUCUGUUUACUAUUAAUAAUAUUGGAUAUGAGCAGGUGCGUUGGUUUUGUAGUAAUUUCCAGUCACUUCUGACAACUGAAUUUUUCAAAAAAGAAAUUACUAACGUCAGUGUCAAAAAAAAUCUCGCGAGAGCGAAUGUAGUAUAGCAGCUUUACUAUGCGUAAGAGUGAAACAGCACUAAUCCAAAUAAAAAAGAUGGUGUCGUCACUUCGCUCUGAAUGACACUCUCUCUAUGCUAAUAUUUAACUCUAUGAUAUUGAUCUUUAUGAACAUAGCUAAAUAUUUUUCAUAAAACCAUAUAAAAUAUUUUGCAUUGACAGUUGACAGAUGUUAUUAUAAGACAUAAAACUUGACCUUCAUGUUCUGCAGCUACCUAUAUUCCAUAAAAGCCAAAUUUUUCAUAACUGCAUAAUAAGUUUACUUAUCGAGCUUAUCAAUUUUAGUUAAAUUCCAUUCAGUUCUACUUAUAUAAUAAUCAAAACUAUAGUAGGUUUGUUCAUUAACGAGUUAAUACAUUUUAUUAUUUUUCUCUUCGAAUUUUUCUUCUUUUCGUCAACUACUAUGUACUUAUAAUUCAAUCAUAUUAUCUACUGCAAUAGCUUUUUUACAUUCAAUAUACAAUACGCGUUUUUAUUUCGUAGCUAUGAUCUCAGAUACCUAUCCUUAUCUAAUAUUACCACAUUACAGCCCAAAUAGUAGGUAUAUGACACAUAAAAAGUAUAGGGCUUUUCAUCGAUUGUCAUUUGUUUCGAGGUUCUGUCAUAUGUAGUAUAAUCUGUGUAAUAUUAAUAUACACGGAUUAUACGACACAUGACAGAAGCUCGAAACUAAUAACUGUGAAUGAAAAGCCCUAUUAUCACUGUCUGCCAACUGUCAUUCGUCUGUCAAUAGGGCUUUUCAACGAUUCUCAUUUGUUUCGAGCAUCUGUCAUAUGUCGUAUAAUCCGUGUAUAAUAUUAAUAUACACAGAUUAUACAACGUAUGACAGAAGCUCGAAACAAAUGACUGUUGUUGAAAAGCCCUAUACAAAAGUGUUAUCAGGAUGUUAGAAAUUGUUGUAACAAUUAUUUAAAAUGUUGUUAGAUUUGAAGCGGUACAAGAUUUGUUGACUAAUCGUCCAAAUAACAUGUGAUAUGUUUGCAUGGUUGUUAAUUGUCACCAUUUAGCAAAUAUAUAGAAACACGUUAAAUAACUGAAUGUUUAUAAUUUUGAAUGUGUACUUGAUUUAUUGUUGUUCACAAAAUCCUGUUCAUAGGCAUAGCUAGAACGAAAACCCAAAUCAUUUCAAAUGUUCCACUUGUGGAAAGGCCAACAACAGAGUUUUAUCUAACUACGCCUAUUCUUUACUUAUCUGAUUUGCUGGAUAUACAUCACUAACGAAUAUAUCUUAUAUAAUUUUACAUCAAAUAAAUGAAAAAACUAUGUAAUUUUUGGUGAUAUUGCAAUAGAAAUGUUUGUUUUGUA